AUUAGAAACACGACAAUCCUCCAGGGACCCAAGCUAGCUCGAGGCAUUAAAUCGGAACUUAUUCGACCAGCAUAUAUAAUAGUUCCAAACAUGAUGUCUGGAGAUGGCUAUCCCCGGUGGAGCUUCUAAGGAGAGCUGCCUUGCAUUAGGUCGUAUUCUAACAACCAAUUCGACUCUAAUCAUGCUGGAUGUAUCAGGUAACUUUGAAAAGAGAAGGAGCGGUGCCCAGGAAGAUAAGCCGAUAAGUGCCUCUGGCUCUACUACCGCUCCCCCGGAUUAUCAUUCGGUUGGCGGCUUUGGCCCCCAUAUCGCUUUAUCGUUCCCAGCUUUGGCGAAGAACUCGAAGCUGAGGGUACUAUCAAUCGAUCAUAACAGAUUUGGAGAAGAGUCCUUAGUCGAGCUUUGCGAGGCAUUACGACGUAAUACCACCCUGGGUAUUUUCAGCUGCGACGGCAAUGAUGCUUUUACACCAACAGGAUUGGAAACCAUUGCAGAGAUCUUUGCCCCGCCUCGAGUCGAUGCCGUAGCAGUAAAAGCAGUAGCAACGCCAGAAAAUGGGGCCUUGUCCCUCACUCUUUCUCCAGCAUACAACCAAUCACUUUCAAUUUGGGAUCUCAAGGCAGAGGAGAUCUUAACGCAGAUGGAGUUGCUUGCAAGAGAGGUGCAGCGACACACGGCAGAACAGUACGGGAUCGAAAAGUUGCAAGCAGGCAAGGAUGUCAAAUUUAUGGGACUUACGCCUCUGGAAGAUGUGAAGAGGCAACUCCAGAAUGCCGAAAGGAACAGAAUUCGAUAUGUGGAAACACACGCACGAAUCAUCGAGGCUAUUAAAGCCAACAACAAACAAGGCAAGGGAGCAAAGAAUAUGUCGUAAUAAUGGUUAUUCGGGGAGCAACAAUAUUCAGAGUACAUGUUAAAAAUAAAAAUAAAAUAAGAUAUUAUUGAGAGUGUGAGAUAAGCAAAUUUUUGUUUUUUUUUUUGCUUUUGUAAUCGUAAAAUUAGACUGACUCAAGCGAACACCGCAGAAC